AUGAUCGCAGACGCAGAUAUGCCGGCACAAAAUGAAUUGCGCGCAACAGAGAUAACCCCUCUGAUCGCAGAAGGAUUCCAAGACCGACAGUCAAAAAUUGUCCCCCGCAAGAGACUUCUCGUCAUUUUUCCCGCCUUGGCCCUGGUCCACUUCACCUCUUUCAUCGACCAGACUUCCGUAUCAACAACACUACCGUCCAUCGCAGCCGCCCUUAAUGCAGGCUCCUCGAUUUCCUGGAUUGGCACAAGUUUUCUCACAGCCAGCACCAGCAUCCAGCUGAUCAACGGUCGUCUAUCGGAUAUAUUCGGCCGCAAAACAUGCCUGAUUACUGCGCUAUUGCUAAUGGGCUUGGGAAACUUCCUGUCGGGAUGCUCUCAGACUACCGGGCAACUCUAUGCCACGCGAGCCUUCAGUGGGUUAGGGGCUGGGGCUUUAAAUGCGCUGGUUCAGAUAACCAUCUCCGAUAUCACCCGGCUGGACCAGCGAGGCUACUAUUUCGGCAUCCUGGGUGUGGCAGUCGCGUUGGGUAACGGGCUCGGUCCAGUCGUCGGUGGUCUUUUGACAGAAAAGGCUUCUUGGAGAUGGGCAUUUUGGUUUAUCUGCCCUUUGGCGGUUAUUGCUGCGGGCUUACUGGCUCUAGUUCUGCCCGGAUCAUCGGCCGCAGACGACAUCGGAACGAAAGUCAGGAUGUUGGACUGGGGUGGAAUUGGAAUAAGCAUGACAGCCGUUAUACUCAUUUUGAUCCCUAUUUCCCAGGGAGGAUCCGUUAUAGAAUGGACGUCGCCGAUUAUCAUCGGUAUGCUAGUAUCUGGCGUUAUACUUCUUGGGGCCUUUAUUUUUAUUGAAUGGCGACUGGUAAAGCUGCCUAUUCUACCGAUGCGCCUAUUUCAAUACAACCGCUCUACUAAUAUUCUCCUGGCUAUGAAUAUCCCUAUUGGCUGGGUGUACUGGGGCAAUCUAUUCUACCUCCCUCUAUAUUUUCAAACAGUGCGCCGCCUGAACCCGUCCACGGCUGGGUCAUUUAUCUUGCCUAUGGUGAUUGCACAUGGUGCAACCUCCGGGUUGAGUGGUGUAGUUAUGUCUCUGGCCGGCUGCUACAAGCCCAUCAUCAGCUCCGGAGCUGCACUGUGGGCGAUUGGCGCCAUUGUUAAAUCGACCUAUGGACAAACGACCCCAUUCUCUCUCUUUUUUGUUGCGGGGAUCUUCGAAGGUAUCGGCGUCGGGUGUGCUUUGCAACCAGUUAUGGUCGGCCUUCUUGCCGGUUCUGACAACGUCGAUCGGGCGGUAAUCACCGGUCUGCGCAAUUUCAUUCGGGAUAUGGGUGGAACCAUUGGGAUUACAGUGUCUGGUGCAAUACUGAACAACUAUCUUCACGCUGGCCUCAAGGGUCAUUUCAGUCCGGAAAUGAUCUCGCAUAUAGCUUCAUCUGCCUUUAAUCUCUCAGAAACCAACCUGUCAGCAGAGGAAAAGAGCAUGAUUUUGGAUGUGUAUGUGGGGGGGAUAAAUGCCGUGUUUGUGUCUUAUGGGGUAUUAACCGUGGUUCUAUUUCUGGCAACGCUCUGUCUGCGCGAUUAUGGCCUAGAUCGGAAGCCCGAACAGCAAGAGAGUGAUGCUGAGUGA